AUGGCGGCGGCGAGCUGGGCUGGUAGCUUUGCAUCCGCGCAGGCGGCGGCGAAGGAGGGAAAGUUCUUCGAUGCCGUCCAGUCCCUCAACGCCUGCAUGCAGGACUACGCCAAGGUCCUGGGAGACGAGUCGGACAAAGUCUUGAAGCUCCCAGCCGCCUUCGUGGAGGAGACCGCCCCCAAGAUGUCGCAGGAGCAGAAGGAAACCCUCCGACAGAUGUACGAGCUCCGCGGUGACAUCCUCGUGGGCCUCGGCGCACACAAGCGCGUCCAGGCUGCCGUGAAAGGAACCGAUUCCGGCAGCAAGGUGCCGGUGACGGUGCUCACCGGAUUUCUGGGCAGCGGAAAGACCACGCUGCUCAAUCGCAUCUUGCACGAGAACCUAGGUAGGAACCAUGGCAAGCGCAUUGGCAUCAUUGAGAAUGAGUUCGGGGAGGUCGGCAUCGAUGACAGCUUAAUUGAGGCUGGCCCGUUGGCCACCCAGGAGAAUGUCAUCGAGAUGAACAACGGCUGCAUUUGCUGUACCGUUCGGGGUGACCUCAUCUCUGGCCUGAAGAAGAUGAUCAAGAAGUCGACGAAGAGCGGCAAGCCUCUGGAUGGCGUCAUCAUUGAGACGACCGGCUUGGCAGACCCAGCGCCCGUUGCUCAGACCUUCUUUGCCGAUGACUUUGUGCAGCAGAACCUGGCGCUGGAUGGAAUGGUGACCCUGGUGGAUGCCAAGCACCUGCUCCUGCACCUCGACGAGGAGAAGCCCGAAGGCGUCGAGAACGAGGCCGUGGAGCAGUUGGCGUUUGCAGACCGCAUCCUCCUGAACAAGUGCGACCUUGUCGACGAGCCGCACUUGGUGGAAGUGGAGAAGCGUAUCAAGAUGAUCAACGACACUGUGAAGAUCAGGCGCACCACGCAGAGCAAGGUCGACAUGGAUUUCAUCCUCGGAAUCCAGGCAUUUAACCUCGACAAGAUCUUGGAGAUGGACGAUGGGUUCCUGGAGGACAACCAGGACCAUCAGCAUGACGACCGCGUGACCUCCGCGGGCUUCCAUGUCAAGGGCGAGGUGGACCAGCAGAAGCUGAAUGAAUGGCUUGGGAAGCUGCUGAAGGAGAAGGGCAACGACCUCUUCCGCACCAAGGGUGUGCUGGCCGUGCAAGGCAAGAAGGAGAAGAAGUUUGUCUUCCAAGCAGUCCACAUGGCCUUCACCGGGUCUCCGCAGCGUGCUUGGGAGCCUGAUGAGGAGCGAAUUUGCAAGCUCACCUUCAUCGGCAGGAACGUCAACAAGGCCGAGCUCGAGAUUGAAUUCCGAAAGUGCCUCGUGGGGGGGGACAAGGGCGGAUAUGCUUGA